CUGAUUGGAAUAAACUGGAUUAAGAUAUUUGAAGAACAUUCAUCCCUAACAUUACAGGUGACACGUGUAUUUUGGUUGAUAUCACAGCCUGUACGAUGGACCCCAGAAUCCUUCUCAUCCUAAUUUCCAUGGUUUCAUACACCUCAUUAGACAAAAUUUACUACUUUGUGAAUCAAUCAAAAAACUUGGAUGAUGCUCAACAAUACUGCAGAGAAAAUUACAUUGAUUUAGCUUCAACAGAUGACUUGGCAGCAAUGGAUGAGCUCUUUGCACAGGAAAACUACACAUACAGUGAAUCUGCUUGGAUAGGACUGAAGAAAAUCAACCUUAAAUGGUGGCAUUGGGCUAUAUCGGACAGAGAAUUUUACAAAGCAGGUGAAGCUGAUUACAGAAACUGGGCACCAUUACAGGAAAUCGACAUUGUUGAUAAUGAAGACUGUGGAAUAAUGGAUUCCAGUGGACAAUUCUUUGAUGACUCUUGUGUUACUCUUAGACAUUUCAUAUGUUAUGAUGGUAAGGACCAGAGCUAUGUCUUUAUCAAUAUGGCAAAGACAUGGAGAGAUGCCCAGAGGUAUUGCAGACAGUAUCACACAGAGUUGGUCAGUGUGAGGAAUAAGAAUGAGAACCUGCAGAUCCAAAAGCUGAUACCAGCAGGAGAUAAAGUAUUUAUUGGCCUUUUUAGAGACGCUUACAUGUGGUCUGAUAACAGCAAAUCGUCAUUUAGAAACUGGCAUCCAAACCAACCAGAUGGAUCAGGUGACUGUGUCAUGCAACUCUUAAAAGAGCACAACCUAUGGGAUGAUGACCAAUGCAGUAAUCCCAAACCAUUUUUCUGUUAUUCCAUUAUGAAGAAGAGGCAGAUCAUUAAAAUGGUGGUGAAAUCUGACCAGAAUGUGAAUGACCCUGGUAUGAAUAUGGCCAUAUUGGAGAAGGUGAAACAGAAACUGGAGGAGAUGGGAAUGCCAAAUGACACCAAUCUGGAAUGGAAGCAAUCAUCAGAAGGAAUCUUCAGACCAUUGAUGAGAUAGAAGAGGGGACGAAGAGAUAGACGACGAUUAUAGUUAUGCACUCUCUUUGUAUAUAUCCACACAUUUUGAUUCAGAAUAAUCUCACAAAUUCUUAGAUCAUUAGAUUAGCUACAUUUAUUCAUUAAACAGACACUUUUAUUCAAAACAACUUACAAACGAUGAACAAAAACAAUUCAUGCUAUGGAUGCAUUAAGUACAAGAAGUCAAUGAAAUAAAAUAGUUGAUUGCUUCUCUUGUAGAUACUUAUGUAAUGACUAUUAACUAAACCUUUUUUUCACUGCUAUUUUCAUGUACUGUUGAGUCAUUUCAGAAAAUUUUGCAAUGGGACAAUUACAUGAGGUCAUUUGCAGUUAUGUUUUUAUUCAUAUUACAGACUGCAGCUGAUUUCCUCAACCAAAAUUGAUGUAUCAAAACCAUUUACUUAUAUGUUACUUAUCACCUCUAAAAUACAGAAGGCAUUUCUGAUCCCUUAUACAGUAAACCAGAUGAUGUGGAUGGUUGGCAACUGUUAUGGGACACCUGUGAUAGUUUGUUAGUCAAACCGCAGAUUUGCCAGAGCAAUUUUGGAGUAGCACACUCAGAACUAUCCUGGUCCUGCCGAGUAGCCACUCCAGAUCUGGACUCACCUAAAAUUACACAUUUAUUCCAUUAGCUUCCACCCAUAGGCAUAGGCUUGAGUUUAAGUAGGUUAGAUCUUUUAUUUAUGGACAUGCAAAUGGAACAAAUAUGUUAAUCAGCAUUUCUUUUGCAUAAUUUCAGAUGCAAAAGAAAACUACAAAACCCAUUUACCUACUGUAGGAACAUAUUUUAAAUGACCUUGCUUAAACAAAACAAACAAAAAAAAAACAUUCUGAACAAACCAAUCCAGGUUGGAUCUGGAGUCUGCUUUCUCUGUACUGAAACCCUCAAUCCGCUCAAUCCCAUUUACACCUCAGGAUUUCUUUCUCGCCGUUCUAAGACAGAAUGACAAAGGUGCAAAAAUCCACCGGCCCAUUUAAAACUGAGGGGUUCCGUAAAAACACUUUACAGUCGCUUGAUCAUCCACCAACUGAUUGUAGUACAGAAGCAGCUGCUCCGGUACAGAAUACAGUGAUUUCAGACGGGGGAGUCUGACCUUGCACAUGCAGGUAUGUUUUCAAUGUACUUUUUGAAUCCAAUAAGCAUAUACCGCUAUAAUUAGUGUCAACAAAUGAUGUUUACCGCAAUUCACGCAAACGACAGCACAAAACCCCAAACACGAGUCCUUAAAAUAUCACAUUGAAUGCGAUAAUAAAAAUAGAUAUUAUUAAAACCAAGUCAACAAAAGUUUCAAAUGUAUACCGAUUGUACAUUUUUUGCCUAAAAUUUUGUUUUUAUUUGUAGUGGGUAUAUAUUGUAACAAAUCCUCUAUAUCAUAUGGUAACCAACCUUUAUUUUUUGGUACUAAAUUGAAUACUUAGUCUUUAACAAAAUUGCAUUAAUAAAACUUAAGUAGUUUAAUGAAAGUUGUAUUAAUCAUUUAUGUUACUCAAUUCAAUUUCAUGGAAUUUUGUUAUAAAAUUUCAAUGCAUGAAUC